AUGCCUAUCCCACUCUACUCGGACAAAAGUCAAACCAAAGACACCUCCGCAAACAACACUCAAUCCUCGGCGCAGAGCAGCGCCACCACUGGCGGCGACAACACCACAACCACCAGCUUCGCAGGAAACAGCUUUCCUACGGCAAUUAAUGAACAAGGUCAGCCUUUGAGCAAGGAGGAGGCUGAUCGACUCUAUGAGGAGCGCAUGGAGGAAGAGUAUGCGAAGAGAGAAGGCGGUGCUUAG